AUGGCUACGAUCGGACACAACAAUCUCAAUGCAAAAUUGGUUCUUCUCGGGGAUAUGGGUGCCGGAAAAUCCAGCCUUGUUUUGAGAUUCGUCAAGGGUCAAUUUCUUGAAUUUCAGGAAUCAACAAUAGGAGCAGCAUUCUUUUCACAGACAUUGGCGGUAAAUGAUGCAACGGUGAAAUUCGAGAUUUGGGAUACAGCGGGACAAGAGAGAUAUCAUAGCUUGGCUCCCAUGUAUUACAGAGGCGCUGCUGCUGCUAUCAUUGUCUAUGACAUCACUAGCUUAGAUUCAUUUACACGAGCUAAAAAGUGGGUUCAAGAGCUUCAAAAGCAAGGUAACCCGAACAUGGUCAUGGCUCUCACUGGUAACAAAUCUGACUUGGAAGACAAAAGAAAAGUGACAGCCGAAGAAGCACGUGUAUAUGCAGAAGAAAAUGGUCUGUUUUUCAUGGAGACCUCUGCCAAAUCUGCAGCCAAUGUUAAUGAUGUAUUUUAUGAAAUUGCCAAGAGAUUACCAAGGGCUCAGCCAGCUCAAAAUCCGGCAGGGAUGGUUCUUGUUGAUAGACCCACCGAAGGAUCUAGGGCUGCAUCCUGUUGUUCAUAA